GUCUCCUUGUCCUGCAUCGCCACACGCACACACACACACCUCUCGUCCAUCGACCAGUGCCAGAUACACACACGCAACAAAUCAUCACCAUCAUCAUCACCACCACCACCACCACCACCACCUGCAGUCAGCCGCGCCGGUCGAGUGCCCUGCCAUGGCAUGCCUCGUCUCGUCUGGCGUCCGAUGUCACCAAAUCACCAUCCAUUUCUCCAUCUGGUAAUCAUUGCCUAUUGCACCUUCCGGGCGAACAGGAUCACGCCCAAACAAGCCUAGCCUAGCCUGCACACCCACAUCCCUAACCCGCGCAACCACAUCCCACACAGCUUGCAAUAACUCCUAUCGGCCUCUGUCCCAUUGGCGAUCCAAGCAACCUGCACUCCCAAAACAUUCUAGAAAGCACCCUCAGCGCUCGUCUAGCACCGCCUGGUCUUGGUAUCCUCCCCUCAUCCACUCACGCUGCUCCUCACAUGCUCCUUCUAGUCGUAGUCUAAAUCCUGCACGGCUUCACAUCGCCACUUUCCGCGCCUUCCGAUUCCCCCCAGUACCGUCAAAUCGGACCCAUCU